GGCAAACAAAAAAAGAAUACAACAAAUAUCAUCAUAUUGAAAGUGAACUUGCCAUCAUGGACAGAAAAUGACAAUUCUUGGAUGUAUAUUUUUCCUUGUGGUUUGUUAUUCUUCAUUUAGAACUUCUUAUGUUUAUGGUUUAGAAUUCAAGAAAUUUAUGAAGCCAUGUUUUGUUGGCGAUGAGAUUGAAAACACGUGCUCAGAUCCCAGUGAGUCGUGUCAUGAGAAACUGGGCACGGAACUCAAGCUCGUCAGGCUGAAUGGUAUCAAGGUAAUUCUAAUUUAUAAAGGAGAAUAGGGGAAUGUAAUUAAAAUGCUUUCUUUUAUCGGUUAAAUUUCUUUAUUCAACGCAAAUGCGGCGCCUCAGAAAUGAUUUUUUGUAGAAACUUAGAAACAAUCGGAACGAGCUGGUGGUGAUGCAGGUCAAAUACGGGUUGCUAGUGGACGGAACCAAAGAGAGUACACUAACGACUGAAAAGCAUUUUAGAAACCAAAAGCGGCGAGAGCAAGCUGCCAUUCAGAAUUCGCACAAUUGUGUUUUAACGGCUUCAAUUUCCCGUGGGGACUUAAGAAAAACUAUGCGAAAGGACUAUUUUCGUGGUGAAGUCUGUGCUGUAAAACCGUGACCGUAAAUUAACCAAUCAGAUUGCUCCAUUUAGCCUUGCGAAUAGCUAGCCAUGAUAUGUAAAUUUCAAGAUACAAUGAUACAAUUAUAACGAUAUAGUGAUACAAUCUACGACAUUAACACCUUGCUGUUUUGAUUAUUUUACCCAUCUUUCUCUGACUUUCAGACAGGUCACUUGCAGUGGGUGAAGGUCAGUGAUAAGAGAUUUGUAAAACUUAUCACACGAGCAAUGACACCUUUAGUGUUCGGUUAGUACUUCUUAGGAAUUUUUUUACCUGACGAUUUUCCAUACAGUAAAUAUUGAUUUAAGUUUUACAUAAACGUAUUUUUGGACAUUGUCAUGAAAAUUGCAUGAGUAACUAUUAUUUCUAUGUAGUGUGACUACAAUAGGGACUGCCAAUUUGAAUUUUACCCCUUUGUCAAUUUCAAGAAAUUCCAGAGUUCCUGUCAUCUGAAGAGUGUGAUCACAUCAUAGAACUGGCUGGAAAAAGCGGGCUUAGGACUAGUACCUCUGGUUUCCAUUUCAACUACGACGGAAACUUGGACAGAGAAUUGGAGACAGCUGGUGAGGAAGAGCUACUUGAAGUCGAAAACUACAAAUGUCAAUGUUUUGUUAAUUAGGAAAGAAAAAGUCAACCGAACCUUUAGCUAAAAGGUUCUGCUUAAUAUUUUUGUAACGUCGAGCACUUAGGACUCAGUCAUCGGCAUUAGUCAUUGUCAUGUACUCAACGGGUAAGCUCUUGAGGAGCGCAAAUAUGUGAGUUGGAGCUGAAGAGCCCUUACCGGGGUUAAAAGGCGAUUAACCACACGUUGACUCGUUUUCAUUUAACACAUAGUUACGAUUAGCCUGCAUCGCAGAUUUAAUUUAACCCAGGUAGGGAAAGUCUGCGAAACAGCGCCGAAAUCCUUGUUCUGGGCCCCCAACGGCACUCAGCGAAUUACCGGAAAUGAGUGUCGAAUUUCCCUUCAUACUGAUUGGCAAAUCGACAAUGGCUUUUUUUAAUAGACCAAUCAUGGCGCGUACUCAAAUCCUGGUACACAGGUUGGGGCCCAAAACCGAAUUUUGGCGCCGUUUUGCAGACGGACUGAACCAGAGUUUAGGUUCGUCUGUGGCGCAGGCUAAUAUAAGUUACGAUCUAUCUGGCCUAUUUGUCAAUUGGAUGGCGCCACUCAAGAGGGUCCUCAGAGGGAUUUUGUGUGUUAAGGCUGGGAUUCACAUUUGUAAUUAAUACUGUAUCAACAGAAUGCAGGAAAUAUUGUUUUAUAGGCAUUGUCUGGAAAAGGUGAUCUUUAUUUAUUUUUCUUAAAAGUAGAAAAAAAUUAUUUCAUUUUGACUUAUCAUAAGUUGCCCACAUCUGCCCGCGAUUGGUUCUCCGAAGAUGAGGGAAUCUGGGACUUCUGUUAAGAUGAGGAUUAGCCGAAAAAAAAAAUCGAGACCUCGAGAUUGAGGAAAAGGGUUUGAAAAACCCUAUAGGACCCUCGGUCAAGCGUCAUAUUAUCAGACAUCAUUCUACCUCUUCAAUGUCACUCAGUGCAUGACGGUUUGUUAACGUCGCAAACUGUCUUGCAGACAGGAAUUGGACACUUGGUCAUCAUCAGAUAUUUGCUGGAAACUUUGAGGCGUGGGAUACAAACAAAGAUGGCUAUGUUGACACUGAUGAGGUACGGUAUGUUCUUGUUAAAGAGAAAGGAGUCUUGAGUCCUCCGUUUUCAAUGUUUGACACGCACUUCGGCCUAAAGGCGCAGUCAAAACACCCAAUAGAAGGUAGCUUUUGUGUAACAGUCAUUUAAACAAGUUUUCAAUUGGCUUGAUUUCCUCCUGUCUCGCGUUAUGACUUUCAUCCGCUACCUGAUUUUUAUUCCUUCCUAAACAUUUUUCAUAUUAUUACUUUUAAAAAACCCGACCAACAAAUUGACAUCUUUAAAAUUUCAAAGGUGAAGGAAUUUGCCGGGCAUCACAGACAGCUCUAUCUACAGAACGAGGAAGUGGAUGAAAUGUAAGUGCAACCAUAGAUAUUUUUUUAACCGUCUAAAUGGUUUUUGUUGUUUCAUAUUUCUUUCAACAACAUAUAAUUCAAUUGGAUGUUAUAGUAUAAUACUUGUCAUGAAGACUAAUGUCCUUAUUGAAGAAAAGAGAGAAUGAGAAUCGUAAUCCAGUAAUCCAGUAAUCCAGUCAAAAUUCACUCAUUCCUGGUGUCAGUGUGCCCCUACUCUCUCAGUAUGGCAACACGGAAGUUUCUGCGAUUGUAUGCUAUGAAAGCCGAUCUAUCCAACUCUUUGGGAAAAACUAGGAAAAUGAAUCAAUUCUUAUGGUAUAACCGAUUAUGAAACACAUCCAGGAGGCCGUUAAGGGGAUUGUUGAAGUCAAUAAAUCUCCUCCGUCACCUGAAUCGGAAUCAACUCCACCACAAAAUCCUCUAGACUUGAGACAGACUAGAAAUAAUACUUGGUUUGCCUAUACGGCACGAAGAAAGCGCACCAAGUAAACAACACAUUUAUUCACCUUAGUAGAACCUUACGCAAUCUCAACCUUCGUACGUAAGUUAUAUAAGUAAGGAUGCUAAAAGGAUGUCUAAGUCAAUUCACAGGUUUACCAAUAUCAUCUUUUGAAUCUUUUUGUCGGCUUCCUAGGCUUGAAGACUUGGACAUCAGCGACAAAUUUGUAGACGGUAUGUAUGGUUAUAACAGUUUCAUGCAGAUAUAAAAAGCAAAUGAUGCGGGAAGGAUGUCUGUUUCUUUUAAAUUUAUGCUAUUCGAAUAAGAUCUCAGUUUAGAAUAUUGCUUACAAAACUUAGCUUGUAUUUUAUUUGUAAGUCCAUAUCACGCCUCAAUUUUAUUCAACAGGUAAACUGACAUCAGAUAAUUUUAAAAAGUUAAAUAUCAAGAAAAUUCUUCACUAUAUGGAUUUCUUGAAGAACAACAGUCCACGUCACAGAUUCCGCUUCAGCCAGCAAACAUGGUUACAGCAAGAUAAAACCGCUGACCCUGUUUUGAGACAGCUUCAUGAAAGGUAAGCUUUCUAACACAGCUUAAGAGCGAAUGUCAGUAAAUAUCGACCAGAGGUCUACAAAAGUGAAAAUUCGAAAAUUCUCAAAAAAAUUCACAAAGUAGCACUAGGUAAGCUAUUAACAUAAAUGUAAUUUUUACUUCGAUCCGAUAAUUACUUUGCACGUACGGGGGGGUUAUUGGUUUUGCGGCUCUCGGACCGGGUUUUCCAGGCCCGAGACCAUGUGUCGCAAAAAAAUCGUUUUAAAAUUCAAAUCCAUUGUAAUGCGGACAACAAAUAACUUAUUCAGAAGAGUACAUAAUUGCACACAUUUUAAGUGGUGAUUUACUCAGUUUGAACGAAAGUGUAAUAUUUUGGAGACUUUUCAUUAUUUUCAAUAUUUUGAACGUUUUCGUUCAAUGAAAAAAUGGCAAAUUUCAAAGCCCAAAAUCGUCGACUGGUACCUCGAUUUCAGUAACGAGUCUUAUACCACGUUAAAGAGCGUUAUCUCUUCUUUCAAAAUCUGUUUUCAAAACUACGGGCAACUUAAAAGAAAAUUUUUGAGGCCAGAAAAUACAAGAAGUACUUUUCUGAAAUUUGAGCUUUCCAGACGCGGCGGGCCGAUGCUAAAAACUUGGAAAAAUACAGUAAGAAAUCAGUUUGAGCAAUAGUGGUUUCAUGUUAUCAGCUUUCAGAAACCAAGACGUGUUUAUACAGCGAUCUGAUAUAAAUUAAUGCCGUUUGCUAUCAAGAAAGGCAGAUUUAAGCUGUCAACUCCUGCCAAGUGCACCAGUCACUUGAAGUUGUCAAAGGGAGGGCAAAGCACUAAUAUUAAAAAGUCUUAAAAUUCAAAACGUUUUACGUCCAUGAAAUCAGAUUUUAGCGUACAAAACAAUGUUGUGAAUGUCUGUUGUUCGUACCUUAGCAUGGUGUUUCCAUAUAUUGGAAAUGUCAAGUAUCCACACGGGAGAACAUACCAAACAACAACGUUUCAAAUCCAAGCGCCGAAAGAUUGUAAACGGCAAAGAUUGCGUUACAUUUCACAGAACGACCGCUUAUCACUGUUGUCACUCCUUUUUUCACUGGAAGCUACGAGGAGUUUUCAUUCCGUCAUGAGUGAUUCUUGAUCAGCGUUUCCUUGAAAGUACGAACCCGGACAGGUGAUAACUGAGGACGUUUCGUCAAGACUCCUGUUGUUCAGUUUCAGGCUUUAGCAGGUGCGUAGUCAGGAUUUUUCCGGAGGUACGCCCAACUUUUUCUACAUCUUCUUCCCCCCUACCCACCCCUCCCACCCCAAAUUUCAACAUUUUUUUAAGGUGGCUCGACUGGAUUUUUUGGGGGGGAUACCUCCCAAGUUUGUGCAUUAACUACGUCGCCAUGAAUAAAGAUAUCGAAAAAAACAUUACCACAAGUGUAUUAUAUAAAGAUGAAAAUUUCUUAUGAUCUGGGUUUUAUUGCAAUCGGAGUCGCCAUGGCAAAUUUAUUUCUUUUUGCUAAAUGUGCACGUGCAUAUGAAACUUGGAAACAAUGCCAGUGAAUAAUGAGGACGCUCACUUGUAAACACAAAAUCUGGGGGGAAAAUUUUGUUAUAUUUGAGGUCCUAUUUAAAAGCCUUCUCUGUUUUCAAUGUUCUUGAAACUUGCAGGGUAUAUUUAUUGGCAAUUGAUCUCGGGAUUGUCAAAUUUAUAAAAAAAUUUGUCGAGCGGUUUUUUGAAAAAUGCCAAAUUUGUAGGCAUGGACCCAAUUACGUGCAAAAACUGUAACAAAAGCAGCUGAAUGCAAGUUAAUAGGAUUCUUCUUACUCGCGAUCGCCCGGAGCAAUUCCCCUCUUUUCUUGUAUGCAGUUUUCAAUGGAAUCAAACCACUAUGAGAUGAAGUGGCGUUUCCAAAGCUUAUCAUUUUCUUAAAAAAUUAUCCAAUUGUGUGGAUAGCACGCUAUUUUACUGUUUUUAUGAUGCUUAAAACUUCGUUUCAAAAGAUCUCGAAAACGCUGUCAUAGAAUUUGUACAAACUUUGCCAUAAUUGCCUCAAUUAUGGCAGGUACAAACUCCCUUAAGCGAUUUCUUAAAAAAACUCCCGGUACAGAGAAACACAAAGAUAAAUAAAAAACGUAAUGGCGUCGUUACGUUGCCAUGGCGACUCCGAUUGCAAUAAAACCCAGAUCAUAAGAAAUUAUAUUCUUUAUAUAAUACAGUUGUUGUAAUCUUUUCCCCGUAUCUUUACUCGUGGCGACGUAGUUAAUGCUCAAACUUGGGAGAUAUCCUCUCAAAAAAAUCCAGUCGAGCCACCUUAAGGUGCCUUUAUUAAAGGUGGGGUUAACGGUUGUAAGCAAAAGCAUUUUUGCUGUUUAUGACAUGACACAGCCUCUAAAAUUCUUUAAUUCUGUCGGCUUGUUAUGUUCAUUGACAUCAACCGUUUAUCAUUAAUUCAGCUAUUAAAAAUCAAGCUUGUAGUACCUCCAACUUUAGUUUACAAAUGACUCUUUUUACCCCUUUUUGUCACGUUGUUUUUGACCGACAAAAGCACCACACAUUGACGUAAUUGUGCCCUACUUCGUCUACUCCGAAGACAGGUCGUGGAGAAAACAACGCGUUCACGCUUUACAUCAUCAAGCUUGCUAUAUAAAUAAAUCAUCCAAGAUUCAGUUCUCCAAUUAAUGUCGUCGCUUCUCUGGAAACCGAUUUUUUUUAGUUAUGUUUAUUUCAUUCUAUUUUUUUUCCUCAACGUUUUCGGGUACGCACGUGCAAACCGUGCGUACAAGUAGCUACGCUCCUGUUUAGUCUCCUUAGCCCUGAGCGUUCCUCUCUUGCGGUUUUCGCGGGAGUUCAGGAUGUGGUCCACCCAGUAUUUCACGUCUCUUUUAAAUGAGAGGCAGCACUUCUUGUUUACCGUUUCGUUAUCAGACAGCGCUUAGGCUCUUAGCCUUUCAUUUAAUUUUGAUCAAAUUUUUAUCAUUUAGUUACUCAGUAUACGUUCGAUCCUGUCCUUGGUAACUUCUACUUUUAUACUUUAAGGGAGCUUAAUACCUAUAUUAAUUUUUUCUUCGUUUAGUGUCGUCCAAAAGACCCAGUUUUUUGGCAUUUUUUAAAAAAGCAAGAAAAAGAAAAGACAAGGUUUAUUUUUUUUUGGACUUAGAUUAAUUCUUUUAAUCUAAAAAAAUAGCAUUAUAACAUCAUUUCGAGGCAUAAAACGUUCGGUGGUGUAUCCUCUUUGCUUUUUACCCUUUUUGGGCCUUUUUUAUGAAAUUGACCAUCAAAUUUUCCGCCAUAUUGAGUUUGUGUCGAUUUGGUGACCAUGUCUUGUUGUUUUCAGUCUCCACGGCAAUGAUGCUGGUGUUUCAGGCCUCCCGUUCUCAGAUUUCUUGUGAUUUUUUUUUCACCUCACCGACCGACCCACCCAAAACCAGGAAACCUAUUCGAUGCUAAACGAACGAAAAGGGGAUGACCUAAGCCUUAUGGUUUCUUUUUGGGCUUCCUCACCACAUUGCUUCUGCGUGUUUCUGUAUACUUGUCUUUUGCUUUGUUUUGUUCUUUUUUGUCGGUAAAAUAAACUGAAACUGUACAAAGACCCUCAAUAUUCCCUUUGGAGGUUCUCGAACGCGCAUAAAAAAAGUGAAAAACGCGAUGAUUUAUUGACCGCAAAUGCAAGGGCAAUGGGGUGGGGUUAGGGCUCGUUACUGCGCUCCGGUUCACUCGUACGCUGUCAAAUGGUCCCGAAAUACAAACUGAAAAAUGUCUGUGGACAGACUCUUCACUUCUAGACAUCAAGCAUCUUUUAAGAUGGGACUUGUCGCCUCUCCCUGUUCAUGGAGUUGAUUCAAGGUGUUGACGUUAAUUUCGUGAUGCCCUGCAUGUUGCCUGGACAUGUUUCAAAAGGGCCUUUCCAAAGGUACGGAUUCCGCCGUCACCUUGUCAACCGUGCGAGAAAUGAUGUACUUCACAAAAACAAAGAAAAGUUAUUUUCGAUUUGCCCCGCCCCCUACCCCCGAAAGUUUCCGACAGGACGGCUUCAAAGUACUCCCCAUGUGGUUGCGCGGGGGAUAGUAACGGGUCUACCUAAUUGCACCGUGCAUCAAUGACAGUUUAGCUCAAUCAGAAGCCCCUUUUCCCUAGCUGGUUCAAGGUGUGCGCACCUCCUUUAAGCUGUUGUUUUCGGUUCUUACUGAAAUUUUUGAUUUUGAGGAAAUUCACAACGACAGGAGCAGGUUAUGGGCUUUUUUCCUAGCCCUAAUCCUACAUCACGGGAAAUCGGUCAGGUUAGGCAAGAAUUCGAUAAUCCUUCCAUAAUCAUCCAUUUUUUCACCGCGUGAAUUGGGUAUUUUUAGCUUAUUUCGAGGAAAUACUUUUUGCUUCAAAUCCAGGGUGGGGUUUUAAACACAUUUUUUAAGCCAAAUGGUUUUUGCGAGAAUCUGCUUACCCGAACUUUUCGCAUAAAAAAACCACAAAUACCCGAAAAAAGCUCAUGUUGUUGGUGGUGGUGGCAUAUUUCCGAUAAAUUCGGCUCAAUGUCUCGUGAAGAAGAGUUCAGAUCCGUGCCGCGCGCCUCUCGAGGCAAGCGUUCCCUCGAAAUGCGAGCCCAAAAACAGGUGGUAAGCGGUCAAUCUGUGAAAAGUAAUGCAAUCUCCGUCGUUUGAGAGCAACCGAAGAUGCUCUUGCCAAUGCUGUCCUUGAUGUUUUUUAUUUCCAGUAUCUAGGAAACCCAUGCUAAGGUAUGAAACAUACACUCGUAGGCAUUGUUCUGUCCGCUAAAGUCUAAUUCCUGGACGCAGAAACGUUGUGCUUUUUGAAGUUAAUUAUUUUAUUGUGUUUUGCCCUUUGACAACCUUACGUCACUCGUGCGUUUGGUAGCAGAAGAUGGCUAAACUCUGCUUUUCUUGUUGGAAAACGGCUUUAAAUUUUAUCAGAUCACUCGAUAAACACGUGUUGAUUUCUGAUAGCUGAUAACGUUAAAUCACUGUUGCUCAAACUGAUUUCUUAUUGCAUUUUUCUGAGUUUUUAGCAUCGACCCGCUGAGUCUGGAAAGCUCAAAUUUCAGAAAAGUACUACUAGUAUUUUUUGGCCUCAAACAUUUUCUUUUAAGUUGCCCGUAGUUUUGAAAACAGAUUUUGAAAGAAGAGAUAAUGCUCUUUAACGUGGUAUAAGACUCGUUACUGAAAUCGAGGUACCAGUCGACGAUUUUGGGCUUUGAAAUUUGCCAUUUUUUCAUUGAACGAAAACGUUCAAAAUAUUGAAAAUAAUGAAAAGUCUCCAAAAUAUUACACUUUCGUUCAAACUGAGUAAAUCACCACUUAAAAUGUGUGCAAUUAUGUACUCUUCUGAAUAAGUUAUUUGUUGUCCGCAUUACAAUGGAUUUGAAUUUUAAAACGAUUUUUUUGCGACACAUGGUCUCGGGCCUGGAAAACCCGGUCCGAGAGCCGCAAAACCAAUAACCCCCCCGUACGUGGAAAAGAAUUAUCGGAUCGAAGUAAAAAUUACAUUUAUGUUAAUAGCUUACCUAGUGCUACUUUUUGAAUUUUUUUGAGAAUUUUCGAUUUUUCACUUUUGUAGACCUCUGGUCGAUAUUUACUCACAUUCGCUCUUAAUGCGCUGCACUUGAUGAGUUCCUUCUAAUAUUUAUGGCCUUCUAUUUUUAAAAAAAUUGAGGAAAAACGCAAUUGUUUCCCCUUUAACCCUUAAGGCGGAUUUCAACUGCCGCGUAAAUUUUACGCGUGUAAAUGAAUUACAGGCAAUGUGUUUAAAAAGGUCGCCCGUAAAGGUAGGAAAUGAACCUCUCUCAAAUUUUACGUUUAUGCGCGAUCUUUCAUGCAUUGGCUCUAUUUUAUUUACCCACAAAAAUUCUAUGCGUAUGUGCAUGUAAAAAUUACGCCCACAGUGGAAACCCACAGGUUAUCCGUGAGGUCGUUUUUGCUGUGCCAUCCGCUCGACUGGCAGCAUGGCCGACGUCCAAAGCGUGAAAUGCUUUAAGUGGCCGCGAAUAGAGGUUUUUUGAAUCUGAACGGAUUACAAACAUUUUGCCCGCUAGGAUUUUGGUUCCUGGCUUUUAAUAAAAGGAUGACCGUUUGUGAUGGGAAGAUCGCUGUAUGAAAGUUGUCAGUGGUAAAGACUGUAUUUGGCCAAGAGAGAAUUAGAGAUUCUAAAAAUAAUUGUAGUGAAAUUCACAUCUCCCUGCCAACGCCCUAAGAUUGCCUCCCCGUCGAUUCAGUUAUUCUCUCUUGAACUGGCCUUGUUCACUCAAACUAUUAAAAACAUUUGAAUAUUUGCUCUUUCUUCUGCAUGAAAUUAAUAUUACUCCAGCCUUCUAACGCUAUAAGAAGAUGAUUGAUAGUUUCAGUUUACGAAGAAUUUAAGGAAAAAUUGUAUAUUUCAUAGAGUCAUAAGGCUUACCAAACUUCCAAGGAAAAUCGUCCAAGGAGGAGAACCGAUGCAGGUGAAUUUUAUGCUAGAAAGAGUUAAAUAAGUUUAGAAAAUGCUACCAAAAGUAACCUACAUCUCUUUGCAAGAUAAAAAGUAGCCGUUACUGACAAUGUUUUACAAUCAUUCAAUCACUUAACGAAUCAAUCAAUCAAAAAGGGUAGAAGGGUAGGAAUUUCUUGAGUUGUCCAUUUUAAACUAAAAUUAAAAGGAUAUUCAAUUCUAUUAUGUUUCGAACCCACACAUCUUAUGGUCCAAUCAAUUUCAUUUGUCAAAUGCCUCGUAAAAAUAAUGAUAAGGAUUACUGUAUCAAGUAGGUAUGUGAAAGUGGCAUCAUUUUUCAAUGGAAGCUAUGCUAAUUAAAAAGUAGUGCCUUUUCUGUUAUAUAUGGCACGUAAAAGGGUCAGGGGCUGGACUCAGGGAGGAGCCUCCCCGUAUAAGACAUCGAUGAGUACCCCCUCUAGGGGUCAGUUUCUUACAGUGAGUCACCACCCCAAUCUCGUCACCAGAGCCUUCGAAUCCUGUGGCUGCGUAUAGUCAUGCGCAACUGAGAAGAGCUCUGGUGUCAAGAAUGUCACCCCCCGCGGUCAAACCAGAAUUGAAGAUUUCUCCCCUGUUUUGGCUUCUCAAAGGCACUCUUUACUUUCUGUUCCUCAUUAUAAAAGGUAAUUAACAUAAUAACUAACUUCACUUUGUUCUAAUGUGCGAUACGAGACGUUUGGCUAUAAAAAAAUUGAUAAUCAUGCAUAAUUACAAACUUCAAAUCGCCAGAUUGGACUAUUGGAGACGUUUGGCGGCAGUGAUUAUUUAAUAAUUAAUCAUAAUUACGAACUUCAUUUUGUCAGAUUGUACGAUAUGAGAAAUUUGGCCACUAUCACGCGCAUCUGGACUCUACGGUUAACGGUCCCACAGUCCCUUGCUGUCAUCAAAAUUACUUAAGGGCAACAGAUUGCAGAGUCUGCAGGUGACUAUAUUGAAAUUGUACGUGGUACACACAGUCCUGUUGCUAGAGACCUCAUCCAAGUUGGAAAGGAUCAAUUAUCGCUGUUGACAAUAAAUUAAGUGUAGAAUUUCGUUUUACGUCCUCCAAAAUUAGCAUAGGACCAGGCUCAGCUGUAAAAUAACAAAUACGGCAUAAAAAAUCUGUGAGCGAACCGAAAGAAAGUGAAAGAGAGCGGUGGUUUGCGGAACCUGCAGGUUCUAGGCUAUCCAAAAUUUCCUAAAGCAACUUUUUUUCUUUGUAGCUGAGGGUGUUAUCCACCGAGACCGCCUGGGGCGGGGGUUACUUUAGCUUUUACGUUCGAACAGAAGAAAUGAAACGGAACUCUCAAAAUAUAUUUGGACUCAAUAAGACUCUAAGAAACCUUUCCAGAUAAAAUGGAAAGUUUUAAAGAAAUGCAAACCCUAUAGAAACAUUAGCAAAAAAUGUAAUCUUUGUCUUUAUAAAAAGUUCUUCAUACCAUCAUUUGUAAAAAAGAGCUUUGUAGCCUAAACUAGCGAGUUCAUACCCCCACAGAAACAGAUAUGUACUUCAGAACUCUAAAGUAACGUAGCUAAGACAAAAUCCAUCUGUUACCUAGAUUAAAUCUCUUAACGCAUCUCUAUAACAACCACCCAAAUUUUACCGCUAGCUUUUAAUUUUAACGAUCAAUCGUUGCAGUUGCCUGAUGAGUGUGGUCCUACAAUUUCGGACCAUACGAAACAGAACUGUCGCAAUAAAAGAUCGAUGAUUACUCCUGAAGCUUGAACUCCUGUGAUUAUUAAUAGUCAAGGCUCUUCAAUUAAAUGAAUUGAGCGCUCUACGAAAUACGUUCUACCCAGAAUACGAGUAGUUUAAAAUAUAUAUAUAUAAAUAUUUCAUUUUAAUUAUGUUUUUUUUUUUUUGAAUAAAUAUUUCUUAAUAUGGGCCGAAUGGGCUAUUGACUCAGAGGCCAUGAGGGCGAGAGGAAUAAUUGUUUUAGUAAAAUCCAACUAGUUGAUCAAAAAUAUCGAGACAAAACAACUUAAAGCAAGACUUUAAUCCUUUUUUGCCGCCAAAAAUCCGGCGCUUUUCGCUACUAGUGGGUUAUAACAUAUAACCUUGUAGUAGCUCAACCAAUCAGAACACAGGAUUGAUUAUAGACCACUACUUGGAUUUUACUAAAAACUGUGUAUAUAUAAACACUUGGAGAGUUUGCCGGACACGAGUUCACAAUUAUUUGAUUGGAAACCUUGCCAGACACUCUCUCUCUCUCUCUUUGACCGGAAUAAGACUCAGCCCCAAACAAGCAAGACGAGUGAACAACGGCUAGCUUAUCACUAGCAGAACGAUGGACGAUUACAGAAAUUCGCAGACAACCUAAUUCUGUGCUGACUUCUUCCCUGCUCACAGAGGUCCUUCUGCUAUAAAGUUUAAAAUAAGAAUAGAAUGCGCGAGCGUGAAUUAAUCAAACGUCCUUUUAAUUUCUAAGGCUUACUUUCCUGCAAAUAAAAUCAACUGAAUGUGAAAAGUGAAAGAGAAAUAGCGAAAUCGUUUCUUAUGGUUUGAAAUAAACUAUUCUGGAAACUGAGAAUGUUUUGAUCAAAGCUGUAUAAAUCGAACUGAAACUGUGCAUGGAACCUUACGUUUCCUGUAUUUAUCUCACCUAUUGUAUGGAAUAUGUGUGAAAAUCUUCAUUAUGAAUCGGUAAAUAUCAAAGAGCUACACAACGAGCAAGAAUGCUAUUGACCGACAAUAUACAGAGCGGGGGCAGCUGUAGUGUCAGCUGUUCCUGGUUUUUAUUAUUACUCCCUAUGAUGGCCUUUAUACGAGGAGGAAUGAAAGCCUAGCCAAAGCAGUAGUGUCAAAGUUACCACUAAGGUAGCGAUGUUUUCAGUCUUGUUAAUUUUGUACAGAUCACUCCAGAAUGUGAUUAUAUAUAUAAAAAACUAUGUUAUUGUAGAACGCGACAACUGUCUCUUGGGUAAAAUUUAAUUUUUUCAGAUUUAUUACAAUCCUGUAUUACCUGAAUGACGUGGAAGAAGGUGGCGAAACUGCUUUUUUAAUUGCUGACAACACCACAACAACUCCACAUGUAAGUCUUUAUUAAGUUAAGCGUCUUCUUUAUUGAGGACAUCAAUUGUAGUUCGGCAGUUUUUGGAAAUAUUUUUUUUGUUUUUAACUCCCAAUCGAUCCUGAGGUUUGAAAACUUGUUCGGAGAAAUAAACAAAGCAUUAUUAAAUUUUUAUUGAUUGCCUAAAUUAAAAAUGAUUUUUAUUCUGAAUUUAAGCGAGCCUAAGCCCGAAGUCAUUGAUAUGAAAAUGAUUAUGUAUUCUCAUUAAAAAAAAAAUCAUUUUUACAAAAAAAGGGUUUGCACGUAGCCUCGUUUGAAAGUUAGAGUUUUUGGAACCUCGAAAAUGGUUUAUUAAAAGUAAAGGAAAGGAAAAGAGAAAAACCACGGUAGAAACACAUGAUUAACAGUACAACAAACUCAACCGGGCAAGCUCAGUUAAAAUCAAUCGCCAAUCACGGGAUGACGUUUAUGAUAAUAUUAAAGGAGCCUGACUUGGUAAUUCGUUCAAAAUUUGAAAAUGUCGGUAUGGCCCCAGUUAAAGUUGUUGCACUGUAAGAAACUAUCAUGUAAGUAGGCUUAAUCUUUGUAUUUCAUUGAUGAGAUUUUGGAAAAAAUGUUACAAUAUUUCGCUUAGUUCUAAAUGAACAAGACUAAACUUUUUGUCUGUGAAAGACAAAGGUGUGAACGCUCUCUUUAACAUUACUUUUUCACGCUCAUGCAUGUCUCUAGUUGUAUUUUGGAAACGAUGAAUGGGCUUGUUUUAUUUUCCAGGACAUUUAUAAUUCAAAGGCCGCAACAGACGAGUUUAAUUUGAGCAUUAAUUGUAACUCGGCCAACUUGGUUAUUGCCCCCAAGAAAGGUACCGCCAUCAUGUGGUAUAACAGUUUCAUCGACCCGGACAGCGGUCUUCUUGGUGCAGUGGAUCAUUACACACUACAUGGUGGUUGUGACGUCAUUAAAGGGGAAAAGUGGAUUGCUAACAACUGGCUCACAGCGCCCACUAAACAAUCAAGACACAUCAAGAGCAUGUUCGAUGCUGGGUUUGAUUGA